AACAAGACUAUAAAUAUGGUAUGGAGGGAGUAACUCAUAGGACCCUGAAAAAAAACAAAAAAAAAAAAAACAAAAAAUUUCUCCGUAUUUCAUUAGAAGUCAGAGAGGACUCCUUAAUCUCUUUAGUCCUCGCUCUUGGUCUCUGUUCUCAACUUUGACUUCCCAGCAAAUAUGAAGCUCACUCUCCGUCUCCGCCACCAUCAACUCCGCCGCUAUGCCACCAAAUACACCGCCAAAAUCACCUCAAAAACCACCGACGGCCGUUCUCUUUCCGCAGAAGUCCACUCCCCUUCUCCCCCUUCCGACGCCCGGGGCUUCCCUCUCCCCCGUCGUGACCUAAUCUGCAAAAUCACCCAAAUCCUCAACUCAACAAGUUCUCUCUCCUCCGAAAACCCUUUCUUCGACCUCUCCAGUUACCUCCAAACCUUAACACUAACCCUAUCUCCAUCAGAAGCCUCCUUAAUCCUCAAAUCCCUCCACAACUCCCCUCAACUGUCCCUCAAAUUCUUCUAUUUCUGCCCUUCCCACUUCCCCAAUUUCCGCCACGACACCUACUCUUACAACCGCCUGCUCCUCAUCCUCUCCCAUGCAGCGUCGUAUGGAGGGUCGGAGUGGGUCGAUAAAUGCCGCGAGACGGUGGCGGAAAUGGAGAGGGAGGGGAUUAAAGGGAAUAUUUCGACGGUGAAUAUUUUGAUUGGGGUUUUGGGUGCUCAAGGUGUUGAUUGGUGUAUGGAGUUAGUGAAUAAGUGGGGUUUGCAGUUGAGUUCGUAUACGUGUAAGUGUAUUUUGCAGGCUUAUUUGAGGUCGUAUGAGACUGAGAAGGCGUUCGAUGUUUUCAAGGGGAUGAGGAGGAAAGGGUAUAAGUUGGAUGUUAUUGCUUAUAAUAUGCUCUUAGAUGCUCUUGCUAAGAACAAUAAGGUUGAACAGGUCUACAUGGUUUUUGAGGACAUGAAAAAGAAGUAUAGUGAGCCUGAUGAAUAUACAUACACUAUCAUGGUCAGAAUGACUGGUAAGGCGGGGAAGCCUGAUGAAUCUUUGGCAUUAUUUCAGGAAAUGUUAGGGAAGGGCUUGGCCCCUAAUUUAAUGGCUUAUAAUACUAUGAUUGAGGCACUAGUUAAGAAUCGAAUGGUCGAGAAGACAAUUUUUCUCUUCUCAAAGAUGAUAGAAAACAAUUGUCGUCCUAAUGAGUUUACAUACAGUUUGAUUCUGACUAUUCUUGUCGCGGAAGGACAACUUGGUAAAUUAGAUGCGAUAGUAGAGAAAUCAAAGAAAUAUAUGACUAAGUCAAUAUAUGCAUAUCUCGUGAGGACACUCAGCAAGCUGGGGCAUGCAAGUGAAGCCCAUCGUCUAUUUUGCAGUAUGUGGACAGUUCAUGAUAAGGGAGAUAGGGAUGCUUGCAUGUCUAUGAUAGAAAGUUUAUGUAAUACAGGCAAAACAGUUGAGGCCAUUGAUUUACUGGAUAAGAUUCACGAGAAGGGAAUAAACACUGACACAAUGAUGUAUAAUGCAGUAUUGUCGGCUCUUGGCAGAUUAAAGCAGAUUUCCCAUCUUCAUGAUCUCUAUGAGAAGAUGAAAAGGGAUGGACCUCAACCAGAUAUUUAUUCUUAUAACAUUUUAAUAUCUAGUUUUGGUAGGGCAGGCAAAGUUGAUGAAGCAGUUAAAAUAUUUGAGCAGCUGGAGGAGAGUGAUUUUAAACCUGAUAUUGUUUCAUACAAUUCUUUGAUUAAUUGCUUGGGAAAGAAUGGUGAUCUUGAUGAAGCUCACAUGAGGUUCAAGGAGAUGGUAGAAAAGGGAUUGAAUCCUGAUGUUGUCACUUAUAGCACACUCAUCGAAUGCUUCGGUAAGACAGACAAAGUAGAGAUGGCUAGCAGGCUGUUUGAUGAUAUGGUUGCUCAAGGAUGCAGUCCUAAUAUUGUUACAUAUAAUAUCCUACUUGAUUGUUUCGAGCGGAGUGGGAAAACAUCUGAAGCAGUAGAUAUGUAUGCUAGACUCAAGGAGCAGGGUUUGACACCUGAUUCUAUAACUUAUGCCAUUCUGGAGCGGCUGCAAAGUGGUUCACACCGGACAAGCAGGAUUCGCAAACAAAACCCAAUAACCGGUUGGGUUGUUAGUCCUUUAAGGUGAUGAAAUAUUACUCAUGCUGACGCAUUAAGGGCCUUGCUGUGAACUAAGUUGAUGGUAGAUAAGCGUUUAAUAGGCAGUUCCCUCCAUUCACUACCUUUUCGCAACUUCACUGUAUGUUUUUGAGAUCAAGUUACCUCUUUCCAAACCUUUAAAAUACACCACUUUCUAAACACUUUUCUUAUGAAUAGUGUUAUGAGUGAUGAAAGCAUCAAAAACACUGUGAGGUUGAAGAAGUUUCUCAGGUCCCUUUGUAUGCUCUAUGUUUGCCCAUGCACUUGGUCUUGGGUUCAAAUCUCACUGCCAACCUUUAUUUCCUUCUCUUUUGCCCCUUUCCCCUUUCCUUCUUGUCUUUUGCUGAUCCAUUUCUUUUUCUUCUUUCUCUUCUGUUUGGUCGGUUUGUUUUUUCGAUGUAUCUGAUUGCUUCUCUUCUCUUCCUUCUCUUGCUCUCCAUUUUCAAUCUGUCUGUUCAUAAAGUUGAAAUUUUUGAGUUGGUUCCUUUAGAACUAUUUUGGACGAAAAACACUGGGGUCACACCGUCUUCCUCCUCAUUAUUGCUGCCUACGCCCUUUCUCUUUCCAUUCCGGCACCUUUUUCCCCCAUUUUCUCUUCUAUAGAGAAGCUGCCAUUGACGUAACCUCCAGUCUGCAAUGGAGUCUAAAUAUCGACUCUCGGUUGAAGUUAUCGACAGAAGUCGCUGGGACUCUUGGUCCACGCUCUCUAUUGGUUAAAGUCAUUUCAGUGUGCUUAAAGCUGGAAUGUCAGUAAGGGAAAAAAAAGUGAUGACAGUACAAUUCUGGAGCGCAAGGAGUCGCCGUUGGUCAUUGAUGAAGCCGUUGAUGAUGACAAAUUGAUAACACAGUUAUGCUCUUGAUACCAUGGAUAAGCUUAAGCUCUUUUGCGAGAUACUGUUCUAAUCAAGUACACACCUUUUCAUGCAUGAUGUGAGUGAAGCUAGAGGGUUUGCAGAAGCAAUAAAGGAGGUGUUGAGCAUUCUCUUUGUGGAGACAUAAAGAAAAUUGAGGGAAAGGUUUCAGAUUUCAAGGAAGAAUUAUUUGGUGCUAGGGUUUUUUUUAAUAGAGAGAUGUUUUGGUGAAGAUAGACGAGAGGAUAAAACAUAGAAAUUUCCUUGCCAUGCAUACAGGCAUUAUUAUAACUUGUAGUGCGAGUCAGAGAAUACCUGAUCGCUGACGAUCCUUGAAAAUUAUUCUCUUUGCAUCUCUCAGGUCUCAAUAGGGAUGGCAAUGGGUCGGAUCUGAACCGGGUCUGACCAGGCCCGCUUUUUAAGAGGUGGAUCCAGAUCCGACCCAAAUCCGUUGGGUCUAAAAAAAUCAGAUCCAAACCCAGAUCCACUGAGUCUAAUGGGUCUAGGUUUGGAUCUGGGUCCUAAAUGGGUCUAAGCAUAUUUGUUUUCCAAAAAAAUUUGUCCGGUUGUCCCUCAUUUUCCUUAUAUUACGUAAUUUUUUUGCCCAUUUUUUUUAUGUAAACGUAAUGUUGCUUUAAUAAAACCAGUAAAUAUGGAAUAUUCGUUAAUUUUGUUUAGGGAAAAAAUCAUAUUAGCCUUGUAUUACAAAGUUUCUAAUAUUAUUAUUUAUUUAUAUGUCA